AUGCCUGCCCCAACCAAAACUCCGGGAUGCCGCAGUCUGCAGACUCUUCCCACAGAACUCCUCCUCGAAAUCACAAAAUACAUUCCUGACUUCGCUUCACUUAACGGCCUAUUAACGCUUCUCGCAGCUCACAACAGAGGAGUCAGCUUUGUCGAGGACUUUCAGAAAGAUAUAUUUGCGAAUGUUAUCAGAGCAGGCAGGGAGCAUGAGCUUUCCAGGAUUGUCACUGCUGUUAUGACGCUUCGGAACGACAGCACAACAAAACAGAUUCUAUUAGGGGAAGGAGCAGGAGAGAGGAAGAAUUUUGUUUAUAAGUAUCUUCGUUCUGACGAUAGAGAACGUGACGGAAAGCCCCAUUAUCUGCAGUGGUUCUCUGACCCGAUUGCCACCAUUCGCGACAUUUGGAGCAUAUCACACGAUAUCGAUGUUUUAGUUCAAGACUUCGCUCAGACUCGUAUCGUCAAACCAAGCGAGCAACCAGAAAGACCACCUUCUUCGACAGAGCUCUACCGCAUUCGUCGAGCAUUCUGGUAUUUCCAACUAUGCUACGAACUCGUCCAUGGAGAAGAAUAUAUGACGUCCAGAGCCGAGGAUGAUGCACAAUCGCAGCGUACGAAACGAUUUGUACAUUAUCGAGCGCAUCAGGUUGGACAGCCAUGCUUUCCAAACACUGGCUGGCUCUACGGGCAUACAGGGAAAAACCUUUCGCGCACCGUGCAUUAUUGCAUGCACAGUAAGCCCUCUUGGCCAGUCGAAGACAUUGAGGCAGUGCGCUUCCAUUUGUCGUCACUUAUCAACGCUUUUCAAUACCGACGUCAAGGAAAAUCGUCUCUUUUGAGUUGGCAACCAGCAUUGGUGCAGCGGCUCAUUAAGGACGUUGAUCACUGGCGAGAAGAUAAAGAGAACCCGGUCGAUCAUCUUCUUGUGGCUGAGUUGAGGUCUGACCUCGAUCGAUCAGCGAUAGAGCAGUGGGGAUGGGGUAUGUGGGAUGCAGAGAGGCUCAGCAAGCGCGGGUUAAAACCAAAAUCUGAGCACACACACUCCCGGUACUUAUCAGAAAAGGCGUUCCGAGAGUGUGAAGUUGCACAGUCCACGUACAUAGACCGCUGGGUGGUGGAAAAAUUUAGGGUUGAUAUGAGGUCCGCAGAAGAGGAAAACAGGCAAUGGGAAGAGAAAGCCAAACGAGAGGAACAAAUGAGACAGAUAAAGCGAAAACUCAAGUUGUGGCAUGCCGUUUUGGACAAGAAGAAGGCAACUCCUAGGAAGCCACUGAGCGCCAAAAGGGCUCGGAGAGAGAGAGGCAAAGGUGCUGGCACGAGACUCUGA